AGACAAGUCCUAUGGUGGAUAAAUUCAGAAUACCGUUUUUAUGCAAUCGGUGUGCCAUAGUAAAUGGAAUUUAAAAUGAAAGUUGUGCUUGGGUGGGCCUUUGACCUGGAGAAUAAAUCUGUUAAAUCAUAAAUGGCCGAGUCAAAAAAGGAAACCCCUGUCGAUUACCAAGACAGUAAUGAGAAUUGUCAUUGUCCGAUAUGUCUAGAAAAGGUAAGAAACCCGAAAAAUCUACCGUGUUAUCACACAUUUUGUGAGUCGUGUAUUCAGACUUAUAUUUCAAGUACGGCGACACGUACGGACAAUGAGACAUUAAAAUCGAUCGAAUGUCCAGUGUGUCGAAGAUGUAUCGAGGCUCCGCGGAAUGACAUUUCAAGUGAAGAUUGGGCAUCAGAAUUACCACAGAAUAAACUUCUUUUAAGUAUAUCCGUAGAUCCUGGACAGGAUGAAAAUAAAUUCUGUUUGUUUUGCAAACGAUCAGAGAAAGUGGUACCCGCGAAGCACUGGUGCAAAGCUUGUAUGGAAGCUAUUUGCGAAGAUUGCAAAUCAUUACAUAGAAAUGUGCCGAUUUUGCAGAAUCAUCAAAUUGUAAAUCUUUCCAAUAUCAUGGAGGUGAAUAGUGAAAUUGAGAUAGAAGAAUCAUGCCUUUUGCACAAAGGGAAAGUACUUGAUUUGUUUUGCCAUGACCACCAAAAGCUAUGUUGUAGUGUCUGCCAUCUCAAACAGCAUAAAUGGUGUAAGAAUGUGAACACACUUGAAGAUAUAGCCCUGGAUAUUAACCGAGAUAAAAUUCAAAACACUGCUUUAAAAUAUGUCGAUUUGGAAAAAACUGUUAACGAUAUUCUAUCUGAAAAUCUGAAUAAAGUAUCUAAACUUCAUACCAGAAAACAAGAAAUCUGUUUGGUCACUGAAGAGAAAGUUCAAGAAAUCAAAUCAUUAGUUGAUAAUGCACAUGCCUUGUGGCUUAAACGCUUUGAACAGAAUCACGCAGACUCUGUUGGAAAUAUCGAACUUGCUUCUGAGGAGUUGAGACGGUUUUCCACUACAGUACAUGAAGCAAGGACCAUGCUACAAUCAGUGUUGAAGAGUGGGUCUUCUAAACAAUUGUUUGUUACAAAUUAUAAGUUACAGAAUCAGAUUUCUAACCACAUCACUCGUUUAAAAUCGUUGGAUAUAUGGAAUUUCUCUGAAGAUUACAAGCAAAACAACUGGGAUUUUCUGAUUCAAAUAUCCAAUGCAAAAGAGUUUGAAGACGUAGUGUUGUCUAAACUACGAUCUACAGCAGUCGAGAGAAUUUUAUUGAGUGCUCAAGACAAUAUUUUACAAAGGAGGAAAACCAUGUCUCAAAAAGACUGGAUGAAAGUUAACUUAAGAAAAUUAUCGCAAAUUGAAUUACCAGAAUAUGCUUAUUAUGGCUUGUUUGUACAUGACACAAGAGUUAUAUUUUCCUUUACUAACCAACAUUCGCUGAAGAUUUACGACAUCAGUGAGGCCACAGGAGAAUGUAUUCACACUGAAAAGUGUCAGGACAAACCGUACGGACUCUGCCAUUCCGGUCUGAGCUUGAAUGAAAUUUAUGUUUCGUUUGAAAACUUUAUCACUCAUUAUCGCAUUGAUGCUGCAGAAAAAAUAGCGUUCACAAAGCUUAGAACCAUUCAGUUGAAAGAACCCAUGUUGGCAAUUUCUCGUGGGCCAACAGCAGCGUUUGCCGCCAAUCGUUCCAAAAGAAUGAUAUGUUCUUUGGACUUUUGCGUAAUCCAUAUUUCAGCAUAUAAACCUGAAGCUGUACCCUUUGUGUCCUCGUCAUUGGUAUCAGAUUUACAUUCUUUUAUAAGAGAUGAUAUGGUUAUAGUUGUGGAUGGGAACAACAAAGAAAUUUUUAGGAGUACCCGGCAUGAAAAUCUUCGUGGUCUUGCAUUUGACUUAGAGGACAAUAUUUUGGUUUGUAAGCAUAAGACAACUAAAUUAAAACAAUUUAAAUACGGCGAGAGUGAGAGUAGAGAAAUUGGUCUAGAAGGUAUGAGUGAAACCUACAACGUUAUACUUCAUCCAGCGGGAGAGAAGAUUUUGGUGUUAGACUUCAGUAAAAAAUGGUGUAUAUACCAAAUAUCGUAGAAUUGGUUGAUGCAUGCGUGUACAAUGUAUAUGAAUUUUAUUCAAAGUAUGUUUUUAAUAUUUUCAAAUAUGGACAUUUGUUUCUUAAAUAGGGUACCCAUACUUAUUUUUAUUACAAGAUUCUUACUCAAUUUUGGGCAUUCGCACUUUAAGUCUAGGGCAAUUU